CGUUUAAUCGCUUCAAGGCGAGAUGUCCGGACGUGUGGUUUUCAAUACAUUUGUUUACGUUUUAUUUGACAGCUGAUUUUUUUGCCUUUGUGAAGUUCAUGAAUUUUGUUUUUUUGGUGUUUAACAUUGAUUUAUCAAUUAAGUACUUAUUAUGAGGGUUCGUGCCGAACAUUGGCAGAUAUUGCUAGAACUCUGUGAGGCAAAUCCAGAGUUAAUAACAAACAAAUUUAAUGGCCCUGAUGGCAAAACAAAGGGGCAUGCUCUCUGGCAAAAUGUUGCCCAUAAAUUAAAUAGUCUUGGAUUUGGUGAAAAAACCAAGGAUGAAUGGAGAAGGGUAUUAACUGAUUGGAAGUGCAAAACCAAAGCAAAAGCAGCCAAAAUAAAACUAGAAAUUAAUAGAACAGGUGGUGGUGCUGCUAAUUAUAUUCCAUUAUCAGAAAUAGAAAACAGGUUGCUUGCCCUCAUGGGCUCCAAAGCUAUAGAGGGGGAUGUAAAUAUUGUGGAACUUGGCUUUGUUUUUUAGAGUUGUGUGGUUUGGUAUUUUGAAGAAGGUACUAUGGUGAAUCAUUGAUUGAAUUAUUACACUAAGUAUUUUAAAUGUAUUAUGUAUAAAUCUUACAAAAUGCUCUAGAAUAAUUUAAUUUUUGCUUAUUUUUAGGAAACAAAUA